CCAUACAGGUUAAACGAUCCUGACAACCGAAUGGUCGAAGUUCCCUCUGCGUUUGGUACGGCCACGGCAGAUGGCUUAGCUAGAUUAUAUGGUAUUCUUGCUAACGGAGGAGAUUUAAAUAGAACGAAACUCUUGUCCAAGGCAGCUAUCAAUACAUUAAAAACGAGUGUCAUUAAAGGUAUGGAUAAAGUCGUUAUGAAAGAAAAUGAGUGGGGACCCGGUACAUUGAUCAGUGACAUAAAGAUUGGGAAAGCUUUCGGACAUAGUGGAGCCGGCGGACAGGAAGGCUGGGCCAACCCUGAGCUAAAAAUAGGCUAUGGUUUCGUGACCAAUACACCUACGGUCAGCCUUUCGGAGAAUGGACAACGCUACUUGUUACUACGCAAAAGUCUUUACGAUUGCGUUCAAAACUUAAAAAAAUAAAUCCAUUUUUUAUUAUAUUGUGCUGUCUUAAUUAUUAAUGUAUAUUUUAGGUCAUUUCUUAUCUUAAUUGCUUGUAGAUAAUUGUUUUGUCCGGCCGGUACCCAGGGUGUGGGGGCCUACUACUGUAGAUAAGAAACCGACGAUUGUUCAUAAAUUUGUUUAAAUGAUUAUAAAAUUCUAUUAAUAAUUAUUACAGGUCUAUCGAACAACAGUAAAAAUUAACUAAGUAAAACGUCCGUUUUACGUACCCAUCGCUAAGAGCUAUUCAUAAAUUUAAAAAUCUGUAAAUUGGAUCAGUUAUAGCUUCUAUCUGUUUGUUAAAUUGAAUGCGAUUGAUAAAAACAUGUAUAUAUAUA